AUGACGACCGCUGCCCCACCAACACUCGCCAUCCCCGGCCAACUUCUCGGCCCAGCUUCGCGUUACCGGCCCGGGCCCGGGGUUCACCUACACGACGCGAACCUGUACGCCUCCUUGCUGGGGCAGGUCCAUAUCACGCACCCUCCAGCACCACCAACGCAAACCAGUUUGCAAGCACCACAACGAGCACCGGGACCUGUGAAGCGGCUGAACAGGAUUGUUCCCGCGUCGGCACCAGUGUCUGUAGCGGCUACGGACUUGCCGGUCAUUUCGGUGUCUGUGUCCGGGGCUGGAUCGGAAGGGCAAGACCCAGGGGGCGAGGGCGGGGAGCGCCAGAGACAACAGAAGAAACGGAGGGAGGUACUCCCCGCGGUGGGCGAUGUGGUGUUGUGCCGGGUGAUACGGAUUGCGCCGCGGCAAGCGGUGGUAGCGAUCUUGGUAUGCGGCGACUCGGUGCUGGAGGCGGAGUGGCAGGGUUUGAUCAGGGUGCAAGACGUGCGGGCGACGGAGAAAGAUCGGGUCAAGAUUUAUGAAAGUUUUCGGCCGGGGGAUGUGGUUAGGGCAGAAGUGAUUUCGCUCGGCGACCAGACCAACUACUAUCUAUCGACGACAAGGAACGAGUUGGGCGUGGUGCUUGCGGUCAGUGAGGCGGGCAACACUAUGCAGCCCGUUAGCUGGAAAGAAUUCCGGGAUCCUGAAACAGGCGCGAUGGAGCUGAGAAAGGUAGCGCAACCGCAGCCAGAGUAA